CGCGAGGUUUUCCGGCCGCCCGGCUUGCACUGCGGCGUUUCCCGCGCGUGAUAACCUCAGCUCCCAGGCGUACGACGCGGCCUCUCCUACGCCAGCGCUGCCGCCAUGGGUUUCCUGAAACUGAUUGAGAUCGAGAACUUUAAAUCCUACAAGGGUCGACAGAUUAUCGGACCAUUUCAGAGGUUCACCGCCAUCAUUGGACCCAAUGGCUCUGGUAAGUCAAAUCUCAUGGAUGCCAUCAGCUUUGUGCUUGGUGAGAAAACCAGCAACUUGCGAGUAAAGACCCUGAGGGACCUGAUCCAUGGAGCGCCUGUGGGGAAGCCAGCUGCUAACCGGGCUUUUGUCAGCAUGGUCUACUCUGAGGAGGGCGCUGAGGACCGCACCUUUGCCCGUGUCAUUGUAGGGGGCUCCUCUGAGUACAAGAUCAACAACAAAGUGGUCCAGCUUCAUGAAUACAGUGAGGAGUUAGAGAAGUUGGGCAUUCUUAUCAAAGCUCGUAACUUCCUCGUCUUUCAGGGUGCAGUGGAGUCUAUUGCCAUGAAGAACCCCAAAGAGAGGACAGCUCUAUUUGAAGAGAUCAGUCGCUCUGGGGAGUUAGCACAAGAGUAUGACAAGCGAAAGAAGGAAAUGGUGAAGGCUGAAGAGGACACGCAGUUUAAUUACCAUCGCAAGAAAAAUAUUGCAGCUGAACGCAAGGAGGCCAAACAAGAGAAAGAAGAGGCGGAUCGCUACCAGCGCCUGAAGGAUGAGGUGGUGCGAGCACAGGUACAGUUGCAGCUCUUUAAGCUUUACCAUAAUGAAGUGGAAAUUGAGAAGCUAAACAAGGAACUGGCCUCUAAGAACAAGGAGAUUGAGAAGGACAAAAAGCGAAUGGACAAGGUUGAGGAUGAGCUGAAGGAGAAGAAGAAAGAGCUGGGCAAAAUGAUGCGGGAACAGCAGCAGAUUGAGAAGGAGAUCAAGGAGAAGGACUCAGAGCUGAAUCAGAAGCGGCCUCAGUAUAUCAAAGCCAAGGAGAAUACCUCUCACAAAAUCAAGAAGCUUGAAGCAGCUAAGAAGUCUCUGCAAAAUGCUCAGAAGCAUUAUAAGAAGCGUAAAGGUGACAUGGAUGAGCUGGAAAAGGAGAUGCUGUCAGUGGAGAAGGCCCGGCAGGAGUUUGAAGAACGGAUGGAGGAAGAGAGCCAGAGCCAGGGUAGAGACUUGACCCUGGAGGAGAAUCAGGUAAAGAAAUACCACCGAUUGAAAGAGGAAGCCAGCAAAAGAGCAGCCACUUUGGCCCAGGAGCUGGAGAAGUUUAAUCGAGACCAGAAAGCUGACCAGGACCGUCUAGAUCUGGAAGAGCGGAAGAAAGUAGAGACAGAGGCCAAGAUCAAGCAAAAGCUACGGGAGAUUGAAGAGAAUCAGAAAAGGAUCGAGAAACUGGAAGAAUAUAUUACCACUAGCAAGCAGUCCCUAGAAGAGCAGAAGAAGCUGGAGGGAGAACUCACAGAGGAAGUGGAGAUGGCCAAGCGACGUAUUGAUGAGAUCAAUAAGGAACUGAAUCAGGUGAUGGAGCAAUUGGGAGAUGCCCGCAUUGAUCGCCAGGAAAGCAGCCGCCAGCAACGAAAGGCAGAAAUAAUGGAAAGCAUCAAGCGUCUUUAUCCAGGUUCUGUGUAUGGCCGCCUCAUUGACCUCUGCCAGCCCACACAAAAGAAGUAUCAGAUUGCUGUGACCAAGGUUUUGGGAAAGAACAUGGAUGCUAUUAUUGUAGACUCGGAAAAGACAGGCCGGGAUUGUAUUCAGUAUAUUAAGGAACAGCGUGGGGAGCCUGAGACCUUCUUGCCUCUUGACUACCUGGAGGUGAAACCUACAGAUGAGAAACUCCGGGAGCUGAAGGGGGCCAAGCUAGUAAUUGAUGUGAUUCGCUAUGAGCCACCUCACAUCAAAAAAGCCUUGCAGUACGCUUGUGGCAAUGCCCUUGUUUGUGACAAUGUGGAGGAUGCCCGACGCAUUGCCUUUGGAGGCCACCAACGCCACAAGACAGUGGCACUGGACGGAACCCUGUUCCAGAAGUCAGGCGUCAUCUCUGGUGGGGCCAGUGAUCUCAAGGCCAAGGCGCGGCGCUGGGAUGAGAAAGCAGUGGACAAAUUGAAAGAAAAGAAAGAACGGUUGACGGAAGAGCUGAAAGAGCAGAUGAAGGCAAAACGGAAAGAGGCAGAGCUGCGGCAGGUGCAAUCUCAGGCCCAUGGACUACAAAUGAGACUGAAGUACUCACAGAGUGACCUAGAACAGACCAAGACAAGGCAUCUUGCCCUGAAUCUACAGGAAAAGUCUAAGCUGGAGAGUGAGCUGGCCAACUUUGGACCUCGAAUUAAUGAUAUCAAGAGAAUCAUCCAGAGCCGAGAGAGGGAAAUGAAAGACUUGAAGGAGAAGAUGAACCAGGUGGAAGAUGAGGUGUUUGAAGAGUUUUGUCGGGAGAUUGGUGUGCGCAACAUCCGGGAAUUUGAGGAAGAAAAGGUGAAGCGGCAAAAUGAAAUUGCCAAGAAGCGUUUGGAGUUUGAGAAUCAGAAGACUCGCUUGGGUAUCCAAUUGGAUUUUGAAAAGAACCAACUGAAGGAGGACCAGGAUAAAGUACACAUGUGGGAACAAACAGUGAAAAAGGAUGAAAAUGAGAUAGAAAAGCUCAAAAAGGAGGAACAAAGACACAUGAAGAUAAUAGAUGAAACUAUGGCUCAGCUACAAGACCUUAAGAAUCAACAUCUGGCCAAGAAGUCAGAAGUGAAUGACAAGAAUCAUGAGAUGGAGGAGAUUCGCAAGAAACUUGGGGGUGCCAACAAGGAAAUGACCCAUUUACAGAAGGAGGUGACAGCCAUUGAGACCAAGCUUGAACAGAAGCGCAGUGACCGCCACAACCUGCUACAGGCCUGUAAGAUGCAAGACAUCAAGUUGCCAUUGUCAAAGGGUACCAUGGAUGAUAUUAGUCAGGAAGAGGGUAGCUCCCAGGGAGAGGAAUCAGUGAGUGGUUCCCAGAGGACGUCCAGUAUCUAUGCACGAGAGGCCCUCAUUGAGAUUGACUAUGGUGACCUGUGUGAGGAUCUGAAGGAUGCACAGGCUGAGGAGGAAAUCAAGCAAGAGAUGAACACACUGCAGCAAAAGCUGAAUGAGCAGCAGAGCGUGCUUCAGCGGAUUGCUGCCCCCAACAUGAAGGCCAUGGAAAAGCUGGAAAGUGUCCGAGACAAGUUCCAAGAAACCUCAGAUGAGUUUGAGGCAGCACGAAAGCGAGCAAAGAAGGCCAAGCAGGCAUUUGAACAGAUUAAGAAGGAGCGCUUUGACCGAUUCAAUGCUUGCUUUGAAUCUGUGGCUACCAACAUUGAUGAAAUCUAUAAGGCUCUGUCCCGUAACAGCAGUGCCCAGGCUUUCCUGGGCCCUGAGAAUCCUGAAGAACCCUACUUGGAUGGCAUCAACUACAAUUGUGUAGCUCCUGGCAAACGUUUCCGGCCUAUGGACAAUUUGUCAGGGGGUGAGAAGACAGUGGCUGCUCUGGCCCUGCUUUUUGCCAUCCAUAGCUACAAGCCAGCCCCUUUCUUCGUCUUGGAUGAGAUCGAUGCUGCCUUGGAUAAUACCAAUAUUGGCAAGGUGGCAAAUUACAUCAAGGAGCAGUCAACUUGCAACUUCCAGGCCAUUGUCAUCUCUCUCAAAGAGGAAUUCUAUACCAAGGCUGAGAGCCUCAUUGGAGUGUAUCCUGAGCAAGGGGACUGUGUGAUCAGCAAAGUCCUGACCUUCGACCUUACCAAGUACCCAGAUGCCAACCCCAACCCAAAUGAACAGUAGCAGUAGUUCUGCUCUCCUGGCCUAUCUGUAUCCCUGAACUGCCCCUCUCUUAGUUUCUAGAUAUUUGACUCCCAGCCUUCCCCUCUCUCCUGGCUAUGUUUUGUUGAACUCAUGAAAUUUAGGCACUGCUAUCAAGCAUGAAGAGGAAUAGAAAGGUGAUGAUAAGCCAAGAGCGUAAAUGCCUCCUGGCCUCUGGAAGGAGGUAUUGACCUAAGCUGAAUAGGGUCACUUACCCAUCCCCUCUCCUGAAUCUCAUCCCAUAAAAUGAAUUCCUUGAGCCCCAUGCCCCCAUAUAUAUGAUUAUGUGUGUUGUAUGUGUGUUCACCUAUGUGCAUGUAGUUAUGUUUGCAAAAUAAAAGGUACUGGAGACCUGUUUUAGAAGGA